CCCUCAAAGAGGAAGUGGAAAAUUAAAAGGAUGUUCAAGAUUACGCAUGCGUAGACUAUUAUACAAAAUGGCCUCCAAAACAAUGUUUUUAUUGUGAUAGUUAGUGAGUCAUUUUCUACGUUUUACCGUAUUUUCUGGCCUCAAAAUGACGACGAUUAUUGAUAUAAAUGAAGGCGGAAUAGACCCACAAGUAGAAGUUCAGAAGCUACAGGAUUUAGUGAAAAAAUUAGAAACUCAAAACGAAGUGCUCAGACGAAAGCAAAAACUGUCAACCUCAAACGAUUCAAAUAUAAUUGAAAACAAUGAUAAUGAUGUGUUAAAACCUGCAUUAAACAAUAGUGUAUUCUAUAAGUCAAGAAAACAUUCUGAGAAACGUGAUAUAUCGCUCAUAGGAUCUGAAAAUUUAGAAGGUGUUGAAUUAAUAGAUGUUUCUGCAUCAAUUCCCGAGGAUGAGGAUUCUUGGCUAUACACAUCACCUCGACCUCCAACACCUCAACAACACAGAGUUAGUCCUUAUAAAUACAUGAGACAAGAUUUAGACAACCCAAGUCCGGAUGUUCAGUCUGCCAAACGAUCCCUAAAAUAUAGAUUGGAUGAAGCUGCUAGAAUAAGUCGAAGCAGUAGUACCCCUGCUUUUCAGAAUUACAGUACACCUCAACGUAACAAUGGUACAACUAUGAGCUUGUCUGCAGAUAGCACACCAUCUCCUAGAAUCAUGAAACCAGCUGCUAUUGCUAAACCAUCUCCUAUAGCUCAUACUGGUAUACAAGGAAGUAGAUUAAAUACCGGCACAUUUACCAGGCCAAAGAAAACCAAGCCUUCCACGAUGGACACCUCCAUGUCGGACGAUGUGAAAGAAAACUCGGAAGCUGUCCAUCAUCAGAAUGUGGCCGAUAUUGAAAAUCUUGCUAAAAUGCAGGAAGAGAGUUUAAGACAGAGUAUUGCCCAGACUUCACCAAGACGAGGAUUUAGAUCACGUCCUUUGCCUAAUGUAGCUGCCUCCAACAAUACUGAUAGUAAUAGCGGGUCACCGGGUGACUCGAAUAGAUCUAGUCCGGCCCAUUUUGACGAGGGAUCAUACAGAAGAAAUAGUCAGAAUUCAGUAGAGUCUGACCACAGCAGUCCCCCAGACAGUCCCUAUGGUAGUAACCAACAUCUACAUGUACAAAACUCGGGUGUGUCAAGUUUACGUGGCAGUAUGCCUAAUAUGUCCCGUUUAAUACCCAGAGGUCAACAUUAUAAUAGUGAUUCAAGUUUAGCUGAUUACCAAACACAGACGGAAGAACAAGCUAUAAAUAAUGCAGAACCUCCACGAUAUACCAGUAGGAUACAAAAUUCAAUGGGACGACCAUCAUCUCCAAGUGUGAGUGGUUUAAAAACUCCUCAGAGGAAUAUACGAGGAGGAUCCCCACAGAGAAACAGUGGAUUACCAACCCCUCGACGUUCUAUACCCAGGCCAGGUAGCGCAGGACUCCCGCGACCAUCGGGCGUCCCUUCACCUAAAAGAAUAUCUGGUCUACCAGCACCUCGACUAAGUCAAGCAAGACCUAAAGAUGAAAGCUGGAGAGAAGGCUGUUUUUAAAAUGACUUUAUUUCAUACUAGUGAAAAUGCUGCUUAGGACAGAAAGCUGUUAAUUUGAGAAUAGUGUUGUCUCCCCUUGUAUCGAUGAAUUAGGAGUGGUUAGUGCUUUAUGCCUUAGCUACACUGUAUCAGUCAGCUGUUGAGAUGAAAUCGCUGACUAAGCCUUUUAUUUCACGGUAUCUGCUCGCUGAAAUUUAGUAGAAUUUAGCAAGUAGACGAAGAUGGUGCUGCUAUCCUUAGAUUUUGUGUUUUGAUGUCUGGUUAAAAUAAUUGAAAAUCAGUGUUUCCAAGUAUAUAAGUGGGAAUGAUUUUCAUCAGUGUAGUAAAAGGAAAGUUGAAUUGACAAUCAUAAAGUCCUGAAGGCUAAAUUAUCAUUGUAAUGAAUGAUAUUUACCAAUGUCUUUAUUUUAUUUUGUAUUUUUACUGGGUAUUUUGUGAGAGGAUAUUAGGAAAUAUUUGAAGAUUAGAUGUUAUGAUAGGCAUGUAAUUUUUAUUUUGAAGACAACUGAAUGAAAAAUCAUUUUAACAUGAAUUUGUUAUGAUUUUGUUGCAGGUUUUUCAUAAAUAACUCCAUGAGCACUUGUUUGGAGAUAUUUUCUUACAUAGGAAAAAUUUAAUUCCUGUAAGAUUUGUAAAGUUCUACUAGUCUGUUGUGUUAUAUUGAUGGGGUGGGGGUUGGGGGGUAAGGGACAAAAUGUGUAUAUGUAUACUAUAUUAGUGUAAGGAAGAAAAGAAAGAAAGAAAGAAAGAAAGAAAGAAAGAAAGAAAGAAAGAAAGGAAGGAAGAAAGAAAGUUUGGAGAGAGAAAGAAAGAGGAGUGAAGAAAGGAAAGUUUGGAGAAAGAAAAAAAGAAAGAUUUUCCAUUAGAGAAUGGUGCAUGUUCUGGUAGACAUUAAUUUAUACAUAUGAUAUAUAAACCUUUAGAAUGAUUCACCAAAACAAAUGUAUCUUCACUGUCAAUUAUACAAAAUCUUGCUAGUUUAGGGGAUUUUUACCAUUGUAUAUGCAUAUGUGGACAUGGGUUGGCUUAAUAAUAAUUUAUGAAUUGUACCUUUUUCAUGAGAUCAUUUUAUUUUUUAUAGGAGUAUCAGCUGCCAUUAUUUCAUUGCAACAAGUGUGACAUUUAUUUAUUCAUUUCACCUGUUAUCUAUAUGGGUUAAAUGUUUUGUGUUCUUAAAGCUGUAUCAGAACAUAUUGGCAAGGCUACUUUGUAAAGUACAUUGCUAGGUAAGCAUGUACAUUCAAGAUGAUGGGUUGUCAUUUUACUAUUGAAAAUCUGGUUUUAGUAUAUUUGUUAUCAAAAUCAUGUUGGUUUACCAGUGAGUAAUUUCAAAUUCAAUAUAGAAAAAAUAAUGUAAAAUAACUAAAAUUUGCCUGAAAAACAAUUCUUAUCAGAAUAUAAGAACAUUUUUAAAUAAAGCCUGUGUGGAGAUAAAAGAAAAUUUAACUUGUGUGUUAAAACAAAGUUUAUGUAAGUGCAUCAGUUCUUAGUCCUUUAAGAAAAGGUGUUAUUUUGAUUUUAAACAUAUGUUCUGUAGACUUAAUGAGGGUCCAUCAGCCCUUUCAGAGUAUGGACCCUGUGAUUUUAAACAAGUUGAAUGUUAGCUUUUAUAAUGUAUGCUUAUUUUUUGCUCUGAAGAAUAAAUGAAAUUAUCUCUUUUAGGCUUUUGCUAAUUUAAUUAAUUAACAUGUUGCUAAUGACUACAAUAAGAACAGAUUAUGUUUUAAAAAUGAUUUUGACUUUCAUUAUGAAGCCAAUGAAACAAAGUAUUGAUGAUUGAUCAACUUGUGUAUUAAUUAUACUUCUGUUAUGAAGAUGAUUUUUGUUUUUAUCUCUAAUUAUGACAUAAAUGAUAAUGUUCUUAAGUGACAAAAUUGUGUUAAAUUAUUAAGAUAUGAUUGUCUUACAUGUGGUAUUUAUUUUGUUGAAAUAUAAAUAUGGUGUACAAUUAAAAUUGUAAUAAAGAGCCACCUCUUUAAAACAGCCAUUAAGUUACCCAUGCUUAAAGAGGCAAAAUUUUACUUAAAGUGGCACUAUUUUCUUUGCAGUAUUGACUGUAUGCCAUUAAAAAGCAUAAAUGAGUUCAUUUCCUCAAGUAGAUAGAUAUUUUUUAACCAGGAGACUCUAUUAAUAUUAUAACCAUAUAAUUUCAUGAUGAUAUUUAUUAAAUUUGUAUAUCAAACAAGAAUAUAUAAGAUGUUUGUAUGCUAGAAAAGCUUAUUUCAAGUGAUUUAAUAAUGUAAUAAUGUUUAUGAGACAUUUUAUAAUAUAAAGAAACAACCUUUAUUACUAUGUACAUAAUAAAGUUGGGUGAAAAAUUAUCAAAGUAUAUACAUACUGACUAUAGAACAGUGCAGACCAAUAUUGGAUGACAUGGGUGUGGCAGCUGAUCUUGGUCUGCACUGAUUGGUUGGGAUAGAUUUUGUACGCCCAUUAGGGAGGAGUUAAAUAGUCACCAGAAUGAUGAUCAUUGUCAUUCAUGUACCUUUAUAAGUAAACCAUAUUUUGUUUUUGGUAUGCCGUUACAUUCUUAUAAUAAGAAUUAUGAUGAUGCAAUAAAUGCAAGAAACUUAUGUCUGGCCUUAUUUAUGCUGCUGUAUCAAAUAUACAUUUAAUAAGGGUCUCAUUCUUCAUUGAUAAAAACCAACCAAUAUUUUCUUCUUUUUUUGAAUAAAGUUUUUGCCUGACAUACAAUUUAUAUAAAAAAAAUGUUGGAAAUAUAAUUUUAAAAAGACAAUUUUUGUUUUACACAGAAUGAUUUUAGUAAGGUGCAGUUUGAAAAAUCUUUAUUAUUGUUAUGUAAAAAAGCAGGCUUUGGGAUGUACACAAUUUUGUAAUGCAGAAAAUAUAUAAAUUAGAGAAAGUUUUUGAGAGUAAAAACAUAUUAUCUUCUUGACAAGUGAGCUAAUUUGUAUUUUUCAUUGAGUGUAAAGAACAAGUGAAAUAUGGAAAAUAUUUUUCACUUCAGUCAUAUAUUCUGAAUCAAAUUUAAGGAAUUACGAAUAUACUGACUCUCUAUUCAUGCUGAUAGUUACAAGAGAUGCUUUUUGUCAACAAAAAGCAUUUUAGUUCAUGGAACAUGAAUUUUAUCUCAUUUGUUAUAUGAAUAUUUUCAUUAACGAGCCUAAAAGCAAUUGUUUUGUUGUUGUAUUUUAUUAUUUUUAUUACCCUGAAUAUUUUAUCUGUAUUUUUAUUUUGCCAGUUUACUGAUCACCAUUCCGUUCCUUUCAACUUGUUUUAUGUAAAAUAUUUUUACAAGUAUUGUGUUGAAGAAAAGAAACAGAAAGAUCAAGUUAUAGGUCUGUGUAGUGUAAAAUUCUUAUCUCUACCAUGUUCUGCUGUGAAGAACAAAGCACUGUUCUGGAUAUAAAGCACAUUUUUGAUAACUGAUAUAAGGUGACCCUUCAAAUGUUGAAAUUUUUUUUAUCAGGACAUUGUUUUUUCUUAUGCAUAUUUCAGUCUGUUUUUUGAUGAUGUUAAUAAAUGAAUAAGUUAUUCAUUUGAGGAAUCAUGAAAGAAAUUAAUUGUGAAUUUUAUAUUGUCAAUGGUUGGAAAUGUUCUGUUACAGAAUUAAUUUUUGCGAGAGUUCAUCACUUUGUUUAAGGCCAUUUAAGACCAUGUCAUCUCCAGGAACCUCUAUCCUUUACUUUUGUAUCUUCUAAUUGAUAAUCUUUUAUGGAAUGGGUUUUUGUUUUUACCAAAAAGUGUUCAAAUUUUGUUAUUUGAAUGAAGAUAAUAUUUUACUUUAUUUUUUUUUAUUUUUCAAAAACGAUUUUGAGAUUUUAAUGAAAUUUGAAUCAGUUUAUUUUUAAAUUAAGGUUUUACUCUACAUAUGGGUUGAUAUACCAAAUAUGUAAAUAAUUUUAAGAUUUAUUGUCUCAUUUUAAGUUAGAUAAUGGAUUCAAAGAGAUUUUUGUUAUAAUUAGUAAGGUUUCAAAAUAUAGCUUUAUUGCUUAUCGACAAAGCUGAUUUGAUUAGAAAUAAGACACACCCUUAAUUUUAGAGAGAAAAAAAAGUCAUUAUAGAUUUUAUUCUCGGUGUUUUUACAAUGUAUCUAGAGAGAAAAAAUAUUUAUGUCUUUAAAAAUGAUUUUAUUGAGUUCUUUUUAUUGAUAUUGUAAACCCUGGGGAUUGAAGAAAUAAAUAUUGAUUUUAGAUGAAUAUUCAAAUGCAAUGCAUGUGUAAUCGUACCUAUCUCGAAUUCAUUACAUUUUGGCUGUGCAAAGCUAGAAGCUGUUCAGAAUAUGCAGUCUAACAAAAUCUGUUGAGUUCCUAAAAUCAGAAAUUUUGAUACCAGAUUUUCUAAUGUAAAUGGACAUGUCCAAAGUCAAUGCUAACAAAUCUAUUAAGUGAUUUACCAAGAGAAGCAUCAACUUUUUUUGCAUUGUUAACUGGCGUGUUUAACUACAAGCCACAUCUGUUACUAUUUUAAGCUUACAUGAUCAUAUAGGCUAUUACUAUUUUUAGCUUACAUGAGCAUAUAGGCUGUUACUAUUUUUAGCUUACAUGAUCAUAUAGGCUAUUACUAUUUUUAGCUUACAUGAGCAUAUAGGCUGUUACUAUUUUUAGCUUGUUGUCAUGAUUAAAUGUAAAUUGUCCAUCCGUCAGCUGAUAAUAGUUUCAUUUGACACCUCUGGUGGUUACCUUUAUUGUUUGUUUAAACUUAUUGUUAUGAUACAAUGUUUGUAUUUUUUUCUGAGAAAAUAUGGCCGUCACAGCCCAUCAUUUGACUAAAGCGUUCUUUUUUUAAUGAUACAUAUUCAAAGAUUACUUUAAAAAUAUCUGUCAGGUAAAACUUAAAGUAUCCAUUUGUACAAUAGAGCAUCUCUUUUUACCUACCUUUCAAUCAUCUCUGUUCAAUUAUCUCUUUUAGUUUGAAAUUAUGUUAAGGAAUUCUUUCAUAUUGAAACUUGCAAAUGACAGAAUUUCGUGUUUUUAACUUUUAAAAAUCUGAUAUAAAGUCAUUAUGCUGUCAGUUCGAAAAUUUUAUUACUGGAUGAAAUAAACUUAUGAAGGGACAUAUAUCAUGCAUGCAUUGCAUUUGAAUAUUGAAAAGGGAUUAAGCAGGACGUUAUGUUGACAUGUUCUGUUCUAUUUCCUUUCCUUUAGCGUGCUUUAAGUAUUGUUUAAUUUAAUUUUUACAUCAUUGUUUUUAAAACAUGACAUGUUAUAUUGAAUGUAACAUAAUAAUCUUAAUAAAAUUUUAAUACUGGA